AUGCUCGCCACACAAACGUUAUCGGUAGUCUUUGGCUCGUUUAUCAAUUACGCCGUGAUGAUCUCGGUAAUCAACAAUCAACGCGAUGUUCUUCUGACUAAUAACGGCUCUGGACAAUGGUCAGGGCAAUAUUUUAGCUCGGUAAAUACACAGGCAACCGUUUGGGCACUCUCGAAAGAAUUAUAUCAUGUUGGAAAACCAUAUGUGAUAGUUCCAAUCGGUCUUGCAAUCGGCUUCCUUGCCGUCUGCUUGCAUCGUGUUAUCACUCAUUUCAAGCCAAAGAUUGGUAAACUUGAUUUACGGGAUGUGAAUCUACCAAUUAUUUUCCAAUACAGCGGUUGGUUUGCAUACAAUCAAACUCAAAGUUGCAUUAUGCUAACAACCGUUUUCUUGGGUGUAUUCAUUCAAUACUACCUCAGAAAUUACAAACUCAAAAUCUUUAAACGAUACAGCUAUAUUGUCGCUGCAGGAUUGGAUGGCGGUACUCUUCUUACCAUUUUCAUUCUUUCGUUUGCCGUCUUUGGUACUGCUGGACCAGCAAAACCUUUCCCUACAUGGGCUGGAAAUCCAGCAGACUAUCCUGAUCGCUGUCCAGACCCUUCAUCUUCGUAA